UUGCUCCACAAAAACAGGAACAUGAAGUUUUUGGACCUUUUUGGACGCCUAAAAUCCGUGGUUAUUGGGAUGAUUCAUGUCAAAGCCCUGCCAGGAACCCCUCUGGGUUGUAUGAAAGUGUCCCAAAUCACUGAAGAAGCAUGCAGGGAGGCAGAAAUCUACCGGGAUGCAGGAAUUGAUGGUGUGAUCAUUGAGAACAUGCAUGAUAUCCCGUACUCCUUCUCUGUGGGCCCUGAGGUGUCUGCAUGUAUGACAGCAGUAUGCACAGCUGUGAGGAGCAUGUGUCCAGGCCUGCCGCUCGGAGUGCAAAUACUGUCUUCUGCUAACCAGCAGGCUCUGGCCGUCGCUCUGGCUUCAGGUCUGGAUUUCAUCAGGGCUGAGGGUUUCGUCUUCUCUCAUGUGGCUGAUGAGGGUCUCCUGAACGCCUGCGCCGGGGAUUUACUGAGAUAUCGAAAGAAUAUCGGAGCUGAGCAUGUGCAGAUCUUCACAGACAUCAAAAAGAAGCACAGCUCCCAUGCCCUGACAGCAGACGUGAGCAUUGGAGAGACGGCGCGUGCUGCUGAGUUCUUCCUCUCAGACGGACUCAUCAUCACCGGAGCAGCGACCGGAGCUCACGCUGACCUGCAGGAGCUCAGAGAGGUUUCCCAGUCUGUGAGAAUCCCAGUGCUGAUCGGUUCUGGAGUGACCUAUGAGAACCUUGAAGGCUACCUUGGUGCAAAUGGUUUGAUCAUCGGUUCUCAUUUCAAGGAGGGCGGCAACUGGGCCAAUGCAGUCGACCCCGAAAAAGUGAAGAGGUUUAUGGGAAAGAUACGUGACCUCCGGAAAUGACUUCAACAUGUUUUAUUCUACUGGAUAAAUAAAUAAAUACUGUAUGUACUGCUGCAUUAAACACAUACAGCCCCCAUCUUAAGAAAACAAGAUUUUAUUUUUUUUGUACAUUUUAUAAAUACACGCAAAUAGAAAAACAUAAUAUUCAACUGUAUUUACACGACUAAAAUGAACAUGAAAAAAGUGAGUACUUGCUGUAAAUGGUAGAUUCAAUGCAAAACACGAACAAUGGUUUUGUAAUUAUUCCUUAAGCAGACUCAAACAAAAAAAUUCACAAAGGUUUUCACACGACAUGAAUACUGUACAAGUCACUGUGGUAUGAAAUCAGC